CAUUUGCAUAUUUUUCACAACUUCCUCACUCUUCUUUUACCCUAUCCAUUUAUUUGCCAUUUGUUCAUGCCAAAAGGUGGAGAAACACAAUUUUGAUGAUGUCCAGUUUUCUUCAUUCAACCGCACAGAAUUUGUUGCUGUCUCCGUUUUCAGGUCGGAUAACGCUAACACCGGUUUCCGGCAGAGCCCGUUUCUGCAAUUUUACGUUUCAGAAGCCCUCACUGAGGGGCCGCAAUUUUGGGAUCGUGCGGUGCGGUUUGGGCCAGGUUCCAUUUCCUGAACCGGAAAAUGCUGAGUUCCUAAUCAAGGAUUUGUUUGGUAGAGUUGAAGGGCUUCUAUACACAAGUGCUGAUGCUGCUGUGAGUUCUUCCGAUGCAGUUGGUACAACCAAGCAGAAUAGUGAUUGGUUUUCUGGAUUUACGAAUGCCAUGGAAGUUGUUUUGAAGAUUCUUAAAGAUGGGCUUUCCACUCUGCAUGUUCCCUACGCUUAUGGUUUUGCUAUCAUUUUACUGACGAUGCUCGUUAAGGCUGCCACUUUUUCUUUGACAAAGAAACAGGUGGAAUCAGCAAUGUCCAUGCAGUCUUUGGCUCCUCAGAUAAAAGCUAUUCAGGAACGAUAUGCUGGAGAUCAGGAAAGGAUUCAACUCGAAACAGCUCGGCUGUACAAACUAGCUGGUAUAAAUCCAUUGGCAGGAUGUCUUCCUACGCUUGCCACUAUUCCCAUAUGGAUUGGACUUUAUAGAGCUCUUUCUAAUGCAGCCGAUGAGGGAUUGUUAACGGAAGGCUUCUUCUGGAUACCCUCACUAUCUGGUCCGACAACUGUUGCUGCUAGGCAAACUGGUAGUGGUACCACUUGGCUUUUCCCCUUCAUUGAUGGCCAUCCUCCUCUUGGGUGGUCAGAUACUUUGGCAUAUCUUGUCUUGCCUGUUCUUUUGGUUGUUACUCAAUACAUCUCUGUACAGAUCAUGCAACCGCCACAGAGUAAUGAUCCAAAUGUCAAGAAUUCUCAAGCCAUAACGAAGUUGCUACCAUUGAUGAUUGGAUAUUUUGCUCUCUCGGUUCCUUCUGGUUUAAGCCUUUACUGGACAACAGGUAUGGCUACGUAAAUUGGGUGGUGCAAAAAGUCCUAAGCAAAUUGUUGAUGACAGUAUCGAGAAAGAGCCAAUCCAAACACUAAAGUCCAUAUCCGUAGCACCACCAGCCAAAAAGGUGGUUGAGAAAGAAGAAAAACUAACUCC